AUGAAAAUCACUCUCUUCCGUGGCUGGCUAGAUCCAGGAAAUUACGUAUGGGCUCCAUUUGUUACCAAAAUUGAAUUCCGCUUCCGCCAAGCCAACGUGAAGUACAUUUUGGAUAGCGGCUCACCUCGCUCGGCAUCGAAAGGGAAGAUACCAUAUAUCUCAGUACACAAUGAGGGGUCGUCUCCUUUUGUGCUUGCCGAUUCCGCACUCAUUAUAGCAGGGCUAGUAGAAUCAGAUAUUCCACCUGAUCUCAAUUCAUCAUUGGAGCCGGCAGCAAAAACUCAAAACAUGACAAUUCGUGCUCUUCUUGAGGAUAAGCUAUAUUUUUAUGGAAUUCGAGAGCGGUGGAUGGGUAAUUAUUAUGUUCAAAGAGAUAAGGUCCUAGGAUCCAUCCCGUAUCCUAUGCGUGUUCUAAUUGGAUUUCUCGCUUAUCGUCAGAUUAAAGCUACACUGUAUGGCCAGGGAACUAGACGGUUUACUUCUGAGGACCUCGGGAGAAAACCCAUAUCAGAUGCCGCUCCCGCCAAAAAGGAUCCAUUUUGGUGUCUUGGUGGGGACCAACCAACCCAAGCCGAUGCAAGUCUCUUUGGUUUCAUUAUAUCAAUACUCGUAAGCACCAGUGUCCCGGUCUCUAGAGAACUUGUGCGAUCUCUUCCUUCCUUCAUGGAUUAUGUUGAAAGAAUACAUUAUCGAUACUUUCCUGACCACGAGAGAUGGAUUGACGAGUAA